GUUCCGGAUCACCGGGCUGUGGUUUCUUCCCUUAAAAAUCGCCGGAGCUCUCCCCCUGCGUGGGUUAUGAGUCUCGGUCCCAGUGCACUGGUUCCCGUCUCAUCUCAUCAUUAAAGCCUCGUGUGAUUGCAGCAAAGACAGUCUCUCAAUGCAGUGACAUAUGAUGAUGUAUAUAUACAUUUCACUUCGGAAGAAUGGGCUUUGCUGGACCCUCCCCAGAAAAAUCUUUACAAAGACGUGAUGCUGGAGACCUACAGGAACCUCACUGCUAUAGCCAACAAUUGGGAAGACCAUCAUAUUGAAGAACCUGAUCAAAUUUCUCCACAACAUGGAAGGCAUGAAGAAAUUUGUACUGGAGAGGAACUCUCUCAGGAUAUUCAGUGUGAUAAAGUCUUUACAUGUCACAGUUAUCUCGGAAGGCAGAAGAGAAAACAUGCUGAAGAAAAACCUUAUGAAUGCACUCACUGUGGUAAAGGCUUUGCUAAUCACUCUUAUCUUAAAAUACAUAAAAGAACACAUACUGGACAGAAACCCUACAAAUGUAAUCAGUGUGAUAAAGCCUUUGCACAACAAAGUUAUCUCCGAGUACACAAAAGAAAACAUAGUGGAGAGAAACCUUAUAAAUGUAAUCAUUGUGGUAAAGCCUUUGCAUAUUCUAGUAGUCUCCAAACACAUGAAAGAACACAUACUGGAGAGAAACCCUACAAAUGUAAUCAAUGUGAUAAAGCCUUUGCUCAAUACAAUAGUCUUCAAUACCAUAAGAGAAUACAUACUAAAGAGAAAUCCUACAAAUGUUAUCAGUGUGGUAAAGCAUUUGCACAGCACAUUUGUCUUCAUUACCAUAAAAGAACACAUACUAGUGAGAAACCCCACAAAUGUAAUCAAUGUGAUAAAGCCUUUGCACAAUACAGUAGUCUUCAACAGCAUAAAAGAACACAUUCUGGAGAGAAACCUUAUGAAUGUACUCAAUGUGGAAAAGGCUUUGCAAAUCCUAGUUAUCUGAAAAUACAUAAGAGAACACAUACUGGAGAGAAACCUUACAAAUGUAAUCACUGCGAUAAAGCCUUUGCCUAUUGCAAUAAUAUCAUAAAACAUGAAAGAACACAUACUGGAGAGAAACCUUACAAAUGUAAUCAAUGUGAUAAAGCCUUCACACAACAUGGUAGUCUUCAGAAACAUAAAAGAACACAUUCAGGAGAGAAACCUUAUGAAUGUAUUCAGUGUGGUAAAGCCUUUGCCACACACUGGUAUCUUCAAAUACAUGCAAGAACCCAUACUGGAAAGAAACCCUACAAAUGUAAUCACUGUGAUAAAGCCUUUGCACAACGGAAUUAUCUCCGAGUACAUGAAAGAACACAUAUAGGAGAGAAACCUUAUGAAUGUAUUCAAUGUGGUAAAGGCUUUGCCACACACAGUCAUCUUCAAUUACAUGAAAGAACACAUACUGGAGAGAAACCCUACAAAUGUAAUCAAUGUGAUAAAGACUUUCCAUAUCACAAUAGUCUUCAACGUCAUAAAAGAUCACACACUGGAGAGAAGCCUUAUAAAUGUAAUCAAUGUGAUAAAGCCUUUGCACAUCACAAUAGUCUUCAAUACCAUAAAAGAACACAUAGUGGAGAGAAACAAAUGUAAUCAAUGUGAGAAAGCCUUUGUAAAUCACAAUAGUCUUCAAUGUCAUAAAAGAACACAUAGUGGGGAAAAGCCCUAUGAAUGUAAUCAAUGUGAUAAAGCCUUUUCAUGAAAUCAUGCCUUCUAAGUCAAAAAAUUCAUUCUGAAGAAAAAACAUAAUAAUAUAAUCAAUGUAGUAAAGCCUAUCAAAAUGACCUGUAAAAGUAUGAAAAAGUUCAUACCUGAGAAAUACUAUGUAAAUAUACUUAAAUACCAAAUACUUCAAUUGUGGUUGUGGUUUGUAUUGUGUGUAUACAAAUCAGGAUUUUCAUCUAUUUGGGAGAAGUGUUACAAAAAUAAGUAACAAGUAAUCAAUGUUAUAAUCAUAACAUAGCCUGAUGUGCUAUGGAUAUGUGUGUAUUGUGUUCCAUGCUUCUUCAUGUCCCUUUAGUUAUCUGUCACUUCAUCUUGAAGUACUGCCUUCUAAAGAUGCCAGAUAAUUUAAUGGCAAUGAGAUUUAUUUUUAAAAAAGCAAAAAUAUUUCUGUUGUAUGUGUCUGUAAUAUGAUCAGGGGAUCUGUAGCCCUAGCAGAUCUGUUUAGCGUGGAGGACAACUUUGAGGGACCUACUGUUGCCAUCUUCAUAUGCUGAUAUGGUCAGGUUCCAGCUUUGUACACCACAGACAUGCCCUACUGAGCUGUCUCACUGAUGCUCAAGUAAGAUUAGUUGAAAUCUUGUACAGUAAAAUAUUUUUUUCAGAUUGUAAUAAUAUUGUCAUCUAAUGAUGGAGGAAAACAGGACAAUUUGAGUAAUAAACCAUAUUUGUAAAUAAACAUACUAUACUGCUGUCUUUUUUUUAUCAUGUUAGUUUAUUUUGAAGAUUAAACACCUCUUCUUAAC